UUUAAGUUCCUCUCUUAGCAGGGAACUGUGUAUCACUCUGAUCCGAGUCGCUGACAGAAUCGAAUCGACAACACGAUGGCAGAAGUCGCCCCAGCUGCACCAGCCGCUCCGGCUAAAGCACCGAAGAAGAAGGCCGCAAAGCCGAGCAAGAAAUCUGGACCCGGCGCCAGUGAGCUCGUCCUGAAAGCGGUGUCCGCCUCCAAGGAGCGCAAUGGUCUUUCUUACAUAGCUCUGAAGAAGGCUCUGGCAGCUCAGGGUUACGAUGUGGAGCACAACAGCGCCCACAUCAGACGUGCCGUAAAGAGUCUGGUCGGGAAAGGAUCUCUGGUGCAAACCAAAGGAAUCGGAGCUUCCGGGUCUUUCAAGGCGAGCAAGGCUGCUGAGAAGCCCAAGAAAGCAGUGAAGAAAGCUUCCGCUGCUAAAGUCAAGAAGCCAGCAGCAGCGAAGAAAGCCACUGCCCCCGCUGCUAAGAAGCCAGCAGCCACCAAGAAGUCCAAAGCAGCCAAGACAACCCCGAAGAAAGCUAAGAAACCUGCAGCUGCCAAGAAACCCGCAGCGGCUAAGAAGUCUCCAAAGAGCCCGAAGAAGACGACCAAGAAAGCGGCUACACCCAAGAAAGCAGCGAAGAAGGUGGCUAAACCCAAAGCUGCCAAAGCUAAGAAGGUUACUGCCAAGAAAACAGCCAAGAAGUAAAGGAAGUAAAUUUACACUCAUCAAAAGGCUCUUUUAAGAGCCACCCACAUAUUUCACUGAAGAGCAGGUUUCCAGUGGAUAUUCAGAUGAUACUGUUUCCCUAAAUUGAUUAUUACUAUUCAUAAUUAAUAAUUGUUAACCUGUCCUGGCAGUGAUUCUCUGUAGGAAAACGCAGCCACUACCUCUGCAGGAGGGCAAAGAUAAUGAAAGAUUUACCCCAAAAAACAAACCCAUACACCCUUAUAUAAUGUGUUGCUGCUGUAUAUUUGAAACUGUUGCAAGAAAUUUUAAAUAAUUAUGCUACUGGCAAUUUAUUAGCUGACAUGUGACUGUGAUUCGUGGUCAUCUUAUUCGUGUUUCCUAAAUAGAAAUGAUUUCAAUGAUUCUAUGACGUGUGUCCAACACCGAUUCAAAGGUAAGUCACUGAAAAUCAGAUUUACAUGCAAUGACUUAAGCUCAUUAUUUCACAAAUCAUAUUACUAGAUAUGAUUGUUUUAUUAUCUCCUUUGUUGUACUUGUUUUCUUUCAAUUUUAUGUUACCUUCCACUUUCUGUUCUACGAUCAUGUGAUCGCCAAAGCUGCGGGUUUUUGCAGUGCUCCUGACUGACCCAGGAUCUGCUGUGUCCACUAUUUUACUCAUACCUGCCGUCUCCCUACCUGCCGAGCUCACCGAUCAGAA